AUGAAUGACUACUUCUGGCGAUCUUCUCCGAUUAUAACUAAGAUAGAGGCUGAAGGGAUAGAAGGCUAUAAAGAAGAAAGUAGUGAAGAUGAAUUGGAAAUAGAUAAUGGUCAUUUAGCGCCUGAAGCACUAACAUUGCGUAGAAAAAAAGGAUUCAACCAAGAUUUUAUUUUUCAGGAUGAUGAGUUUUUACCUAAUGUUGAAGCCAAAAAGCUUGAAGCUAUCCCUUUAACAUCCACUUUAGACAAAAUAAUUGAAAGAAAACGAAUUGCCAAUAACUUGGAAACAUCUUCUUCACUUGAUUAUAAAUUUUCGAAGAAGCCCUACUCCAAUUACGAAGACACUGCAAUAAUUAAUAAGGAUGAAAAUAUUUCUGAAAAAGAAAAAUCUACUUUCUUUGGUCACUAUGUCGAGGAAGAACUGGCUCCUGACAUUUCUUUUACAGAUUUAAACUUAUCAAGGUCAUUAUUGCGCGCUGUUACAUCUAUGAAUUUUUUGCAACCUACUUUGAUCCAAGCUAGGACGAUCCCUUUAGCUCUUUUAGCAAAAGAUAUUUGCGCGUGUGCAAAAACGGGAUCUGGAAAGACCGCUGCAUUUUUACUUCCCGUCCUCGAGCGUUUGUUGUAUAGAUCUAAAAGAGCGGCCGUCACACGUGUCUUAAUAUUGUCCCCCACGAGGGAGUUAUCUUUGCAGUGUUACGAUGUUGCUUUAAAACUUUCUCAAUAUACGGAUAUCACCAUAGCAAUGAUUGUUGGCGGCGUGAAUCUAAAAAACCAAGAAGUAGAGCUCAGGAGAAACCCCGAUAUUAUCAUCGCUACUCCAGGCCGCCUUAUUGACCACUUGCACAACACACUUUCCUUUUCUUUGGAGCACGUGGAAGUUCUUAUUAUGGAUGAAGCUGAUCGACUUUUGGAAUUGGGCUUUAAAGAACAGCUUUUUGAGAUCGUAAAAAAGUGCCCGGUUGGCCGCCAGACGAUGCUUUUUUCAGCGACAAUGACUGACGAAGUGGAAGUAUUAAUUGGUUUGUCCCUUCACGAGCCAAUCCGGCUUUUUGUCGAUAAAAAUACUGAAACUGCUGAUAAUCUACAGCAAGAAUUUGUACGCGUGAGAGUUGCGAAAGAGCCUCAUCGCGAUGCGAUUCUUCUAGCGUUGUGCACGCGCUCUUUUAAAAGUAAAUGUUUAAUAUUUUUUAAAACGAAGCAAAUGGCGCACAAAAUGAAGAUAAUUUUUGGACUUUUUGGCUUAAAAGCAGCCGAACUUCAUGGCGCCUUGAAUCAAACGGAACGGAAAGAAAAUUUACUGAAGUUCAAGCUUUCUCAAGCCGAUUAUUUAAUGUCUACCGAUCUUGCAGCUCGUGGAUUGGAUAUCGAAGGAAUUGAGACAGUUAUUAACUUCAAUAUGCCCUCCACGCUGACACAGUACAUCCAUCGAAUUGGACGGACUGCAAGAGCUGGAAAGAAAGGAUUGGCCGUUACUCUUGUGGGGGAGAACGAAAGGAAGUUAUUGAAAGAAAUUAUAAAAUAUUCAAAAGAAAGGCCGCACCACCGUAUUCUUCCCACAGAAGUUAUACAAAGUUUCCAAAUCAAAAUUUCUAACAUGGUACAAACUAUACAAGAAGUAUUAAAGGAAGAAAAAGAAAUGAAACUCAUCGAAAUUAGUGAAAGAGAAGCUAUUAAAGCUCAAAAUAUGAUUUUGCAUGAAAAAGAAAUAUUUAGUCGACCUGCACGGAGUUGGUUUCAAAGUAGUAAAGAAAAACGAGCCGAAAAAUUAUCACAUGAAGCUCAAAAGUUACCUGAAAAAAAGGGAAAUAGUCCGAAGACCGUUCCUCCUCGAAAAGAAAAACGUCGCUUAUUGGCUAAAAAAAAUCGACCAGUCAAUGGCUCGAAUUAUAUAAACAGCGUAAAAAGAGUAUUGAAAAGAACCAAUAAGCCAUCGAGAAUUUAUGCUUUUGACGAAUCGAAAGAAAACGGCUCUAUUAAGUCUAACUCUAAAACUUCUCUAAAUUCUGGUGUAAAAAAAACUUCUAUAAAAACUUCAAAAGUCUCUCGACAUGAAAAAAAGGAAAAAACAAAACAACUUUUUGCUGAUAAAGCGGCUAAGAAAAGGCGCCUAAAAGAGCUCCGAAAAGUUAAAUCUUCUACGGCAUUUAAGUCUAAAAAAAAGUUUAAAAGGAGAUGAAAUUUUUUUGAAGUUUUUUUUGAGAAUAUUUUACGCUUGCUUGAAUAUAUUUUUUGAAUUUACAAUUAAAG